AUGUCAAUUGCAAACUCAGAUUUCGACAUCGAUAUCUUGGACGAUGCUCUUACCCAUCCAACCAUAGAUUUUACUUUUCCUCUUCCCACGGAUAAAGAAACCUACGUUGAUGUUGAAGGCAACCAGAAAUUGACCAGGAGUAUGGGUCUUAUGACCAAUUUCAUCAAUUGGGCUUGGGGGAUCAGGUCAGACGAAAUUUACAACAAAAACGAGUAUCGGUAUUCAGUCAACAAGCAUACUCCCGAGUUCAAUUCGCGGUUUGUCAAUUAUAUGAACCGCCAGCUUGAACACGAUGACCACAAAGUGGACGAAUUGGUGUACGAUUUGGUUGAUCGGGAGCUUGCGCUCAAACUUAUUAGUGGGUCUGAAUUUCCGAAAAGGUUCAAGGAAGUCAAGGCUUUUAUGGUCAAGUAUUACCAGGAGCAGAACAAGAAAAACAUGCCAUAUUUCCGCAGUCCGUUUUUCGUCAACAUGUGUUUUAUUACUGUUAUCACUGUGUUCCGCAAGGCGUUUCCUAAUGGAGUAUGGGUGAAAAAGUCCCAGUUUGAAGCACUUUUCAAAAAGUACUUGGAAGACCCCAUGUCGCUUAUUUAUCUCCCCAACCACCAGUCGCACGUUGACUAUAUAAUUCUCCAUCUUAUCUCCAUCAGAUUUCAAUUCUCCAUCCCCACGGUGAUUGCCGGGGAAAACUUGAACGCUGCCGUUUUGGGAGGCAUUCUCAGAAGCUUGGGAGCCAUUUUUAUCAAGCGCUCGUUCAGUAAUGAGGCGUACACUGAACGCAACUUGGCUAAUAUCAUCGAAUUUGUGCUCACAAACAAGAUCCAUUUCGAAGUAUUUAUUGAGGGAACUCGCUCGCGCGACGGGAAGCUCUUGUUACCAAAAUAUGGUCUUCUCAAGACCUUGGUGGAUAUUUAUAUUCGCCAGCGCAACGAGCGUGGUAACCAAAAGUUCAACAUGCUCAUCCAGCCCAUUUCCAUAACCUAUGAACGGAUCUAUGAAACUGAUGGAUAUUUGAACGAAAUGAUUGGCAGCGACAAAAAGCAGGAAAGUAUGCUCCGGGUGCUCCAGAAUGGACUUGGAAAUCUUGUGAACGGAGCGUCCAAGGACGACAUGAAAAAUAUUGUUGCCCAAAUCAAAUCCACUGGCAAGUACGAUAAUUCUACCAGACCGCUCCACGGUAAAAUUUUCGUUAAUUUGGGUGAAAAUUUCACCAUGUCGUCGUUUGUGGAAAACAAGGAAAAUCUCACUGGCGGCCAGGUUAACCUUAAGAAAUUGGGAUUCCAGGUUCUUCACGAGGUGAACCGUAUCAAGUAUUUCCCGGAAGUUACCUUGGUAGGCGUGAGCAUUCAAACCUACUACUACUUUUACAACCGCAACAAGUUCCAGGUGGCAGAUGUUGUUCCCAUCAUGAGGGUUCUUCUUGACACAUUAUUGGAAGAACAGCAAAUCGACUCUGCUGCCUCUAACGUCAAGAUUUUGAAAGACAUAAAAAACCUUUCUGAUGAAAAGGUUCGAGAGCUCAUAAAAUUGCAGAUUGUUCAGUUUUUCAGGUUCAUCAAGGUGGAUUGGAGACUGGAGAUCAUCACCAUUGACUACCUGAUCGAGCUUCUUUACUACAAAAAUAUGAUCAUUCACACUGUCAUUCGCCGUUGUCUUGUUCUGUACAUCCUUUUGAACUUGCCUGCGAUUGAACAGCGUGAUGCUUCCACGGUAAAGAUGCUCUACAACAUCUACUGUGGAAUCUUGAAAAACGAGUUUUUGUUCGACUACGAUUAUAAUGAAAAGAACAAGUUAGAAAAUGUGUUGGCGUCGUUGGUUCGUGGUGGACAUAUUACCGAAAACUACGAGGUGCUCAACAGAGACUAUCUCAUGUAUUUUGCUGAAAUGGUGAAGCCGUUUAUCGAAGCUUAUGCGUUGUGUGUGCGAACUUUAAUUGAUGCCACAGAAAAUUUUUACAGAAAAGUUGACAAGCCAAUUACCGAAGAGCAGUUGAUCAACGAUGAUCUUCUUAGUGGAGAGUAUCCAACCACCAAAGGUCUUUUGAAAAUCAUCCUGACUCACAAGGAUAGUCAAAGACAUAUUGAACUGAUUAACAAGCAGUAUUUGCUUUCGUGCUUGUUUUAUCUUGCCAAUCUCCAGCUCAUUGAGAUUUUUAAAAACAAGCAAAGAACAAGGGCCUUUGUGCUUAUCCGCAACAAGAAGGACUUGACAUUUUUGUUAGACUUUUUGACAAAUUUUGCAGCCACCUCCGAGCCCGAUGAAACGGGUAAAAAGUACGAACGUUCUCGCGUGGGCUACAUGCAAGAUAUCAUUGAAAAGAACUUUAAGAGAAACACCCAGAAACUCUAG